UCCCCGACCCGCCGCCAGCGCACCUCUCCUGCUCCCCUCGGGGCUUUUUUUCCCCUUUUCCUUUUCCUCGUUCCCUGUUUUCCGUGCCGGUUUGGGGCCGGGCCCGUCCCCCGGCGGGGAUGAGCAGCGGGCUGGCGGACGCGGUCCUGGCGCCGCUCAAACCCGUCAGCAUGUCCGGGGACCCCCAGGAGGACACCCCGGUUUUCGAGGACAUCAAAACGCCCUCCCGAGCCCUGGAGACCCCUCCCGACCUGGCGCAGCUGCACCCCAUGAGGAUGGACCAGAGGAUGCCCCCCCUCAUCCUGGAGGCUCGCUCGGAGAUGGACAAGUACCUGCCCAGCGAGGCGCCGCCGGUGCCGCUGCCCCAGGACAAGAAGUACCGCCGCGAGAGCGCCUCGGUGGUGGACGAGUUCUUCUCCACGGAGAAACCCAGCUCCGCUCCCUACAGCGUCAACAUCAACGUCAUCCUGCCCGACACCACCCACCUGCGCACGGGGCUCUACCGACCCCCCAAACCCGUGGCCGCCUUCCCCCAGAUCAAAACCGAGCCUGGCACCGCCUUCUCCCAGCCCUGCUCAUCCUCCUCCUCCUCCACGCAGACCCUGCCCGACUUCACCAGUGUCUUCAGCAUGCCCCAGUCCGUGGCUGCCAGCAAUAUUUUUGUCAAGCAGGAGAUGGCCCUGCCUGCCCACCCCCAGCAGCCCCAGCUCUUCCAGAUGCCCGAAAUGCCCAGCCUGGCAUCGUCCUCCUCGCCCAGCAGCACCACUGCCAUCAGCUGUCUUGGCGGGGUCACCAUGGCCACGGGCCCGGUGGCCAGCGUGGCUCACAGAGCGCUCAAGUUCCCGCAGGUGCCUCAGGGACAGGGCAGCUUUGGGAGCAUCCCCGGGCAGUUCUACCCCGCCCCAGGGGUGACUCUGCCCCCCUCGCCCCCCAACUCGCAGCCCGGCAGCCCCGAGAACCAGCCCGAGCUCAUCAACACCAUCUCCCCGCCGCCCUCCUACGAAGCCACUUUUGGACUCAAGCUGGUCCAGUCGUCCCAGAUCCCCCCGGUGCCCAACGGGGUGGGGGGCCUGGCCCAGGGGCACAUGGGGCUGCAGCCCCCCAAGUACAACCGGCGCAACAACCCCGAGCUGGAGAAGAGGAGGAUCCACCACUGCGACUACCCAGGUUGCUCAAAGGUUUACACCAAGAGCUCCCACCUGAAGGCACAUCAGAGGACUCACACAGGUGAGAAGCCCUACAAGUGCACGUGGGAAGGCUGCGACUGGCGCUUCGCCCGCUCGGACGAGCUGACCCGGCACUACCGCAAGCACACGGGCGCCAAACCCUUCAAGUGCCUGGCGUGCGGCCGCUGCUUCUCCCGCUCCGACCACCUGGCCCUGCACAUGAAGAGACACCAGAAUUAGGAGCCACUUCCCUUCCUGCCUCUCCCAGAGCAGCUCAAACUCUUCCCUCCCCCCCGUGGGGAGAGCGUGUACAUAGGAACGGCGCCGCGGUGCAGCGAGGUGCUGGCUCUGCCUGGCCCCGGCACAGCCUGGCCCCGGCUCUGGCUGCUUUUCCAAGAGACUGGAACCAGCCCAGCUCGUUUCAGACAAGCCCUGAGUGCAGAUUGAUCUCCUGACCAGGCUCCUGGGAGCACCAGGCCCAUGGAGCUGGGAUUCCCCAGGGAUUUCCUCCGGCAAUCCUGCUAUUUAUUUGUCACUCGGGAGCGACAGCGUGUCUCAGAUUUGGGAUGGGUUUUGUCCCUUUGGUGAGGCCCAGGAGGAGGUGACAGCUUGGCUGUGAUGGGUCUCGCCUGGACUUUUUUUGGACAGUGCCAUGGCGUAGCUAUGGAUGGGACACUGAGUGACUGUGGACGUGGCACCUUGUCCCAUGGGUGUGACACCAGUGCCAUGAUGUAACCGUGGAUGUGACACUGUGUGACCAUGAAUGUGACACUGUCCCCAGUGGUGUGACCAUGAAUGUGACACUGUGUGACUGUGGAUGUGGCACCUUGUCCCAUGGUGUGACCAUGGAUGUGACACCAGUGCCAUGGUGUGACCAUGGAUGUGACACUGUGUGACCGUGGAUGUGGCACCUUGUCCCAUGGUGUGACCAUGGAUGUGACACCAGUGCCAUGGUGUGACCAUGGAUGUGACACUGUGUGACCGUGGAUGUGGCACCUUAACCCAUGGUGUGACCAUGGAUGUGACACCAGUGCCAUGAUGUAACCGUGGAUGUGACACUGUGUGACCAUGGAUGUGACACCAAUGCCAUGAUGUAACCGUGGAUGUGACACUGUCCCCCGUGGUGUGACCAUAGGUAUGACACUGGUGCCAUGGUGUGACCAUGAAUGUGACACUUUGUGACUGUGGAUGUGGCACUUUGUCCCAUGGUGUGACCAUGGGUGUGGCAUCACUGCCAUGGUGUGACCAUGGAUGUGACACUGUCCCCCAUGGUGUGACCAUGGACGUGCCACCAGUGCUGUGCUGUGACCAUGGACAUGCCACCAGUGCCAUGGUGUGACCUUGCAUAUGGCACCUGUCCCAUGGCAUGGCUGUGGAUGUGACACUGUCCCCCAUGGUGUGACCAUGGAUGUGACACUGUCCCCCAUGGUGUGACCAUGGAGGUGCCACCAGUGCCAUGCUGUGACCAUGGAUGUGACAAUGUCCCCCAUGGUGUGACCAUGGAGGUGCCACCAGUGCCAUGGUGUGACCAUGGAUGUGACACUGUCCCCCAUGGUGUGACCAUGGAGGUGCCACCAGUGCCGUGCCAGGACCCGUGCCCAUCUCUCUGGGGGUGACAAUCCCAGUGUCUGUGGGGGCACAGAACAGACCUGUGACAAACUCACCCUUCUCACAAGGGGCAGCACAAGAGCAGGUGACAGAGGUGUCACCUGUGUCCCUCUGAGCCCGUUCCUGGCAGCCAGCCUGGGACAGAGCCCCCGCCCUGCCUGGCCGGGCUUUUAUGGUUGUGUCCUUUGCAUUUCUGCUUCCAAGAGGAAUUUGGACUUCAGGUGUGUCUGGGAGGACCAGCAGGGGUUUGAAGCCACCUGAGGGACAGCAAAAGAGCCACUGCUGAAGGUCUGGUGUCCCAGAGUCCACCAGUGGUGCCUUCUCCAAAAUCCUACAAGGGCUCGGUGGUCGCUGGUCCCACCGAGCCUGAGCUUUGUCAUUCCAUCAGAUGGGGGAAAAAAAUGAAAAUAAAAGGGGAAAAAAGCAUCUUGAAACAAAUUCCAAUAAAUCCUGCUGUUCAGAGUGGAA